AUGGGAAGCUGUGUUUCCUUACAAGACAAAGCUAAUUCGGAAACUGGUAAAUCUAGAAAUGUGAAUCGAUUUCACGGUAAUGGUGGCAUCUCGGGGAAAACUACCACGAAUCAACCGGCCUUUACGAGAGUCGUGAAACGUCCUAAAAAGAAAGUGCAUAAAGGGUUGAUUGGGUUGCCGUCAAAUUUCCAACAUACAGGCCACAUCGGGAUAACAGACAUGCGAAGUGGCAAAGUUGAUCCUGAAAAAAUCAGAAGCCAAAUGGCAGAAGUUGCCGCUGCGUUGCGUCUUGAAAUAAACAGAUCGAUGACAGAAAGACCUGAAUCUUCAGUGGCUAAUCCACCGAAUAUGAUAGCACAACCACCACCACUGCCGUCAUUUUCAUCACAAGAUUCAAUACCGACCAUUGAACAAAAACCAGAUCCGAUGGCAGAGAUAGUCGCCGCAUUAAGGAUGCCGUCUGACAAUAAUUUUGGCCUGGAGCCCAAUAGUCAGAAUAAUAUUGCUAGAAAUGAGACUGCUACUACAACAACGCCCAUUACUGUCGUGUAA